AUGGUUAAACAUCGCUUAACAACUUAUAUUAUCAUAUUAAAUGAAAUGGCUAAUAUAUAUAACAAGUUUGCAAUUUGUAAAGCAUGUAAAGAAGCUAUUUCACAAGAAUAUACAUAUUCUAAUAAAAUAGUUAAUACAAAAAAAUAUGUAAAAGCACAUUUAUUAAAAUGUACACAUUUUUUUCACAAUAUGUAUAAGAAGAUUUUAUCUAUAGCACAAAUUAAAGGUGUACUUAAUCAAGCACAUAGAAAUCAAGAAAUUGAAAUGAUAAAAAAUAUGUACUAUUCAUCUUCAGCAAAAAUUAGUAUUGAGCCAGAAAAAUCUAAUGAACUAGAAGAAUUAAAUGAACUAGAAGAAUUUAAUAAAUCUAGUAAUUCAGAUUUUGAAGAUUUUGAAAGUGAAGAUAUGACAAGUGAUGCUAAUUAUAAAUCAGAGAUUGAUAUCGAAGAAAAUAAUGAUUUACAGAAUGAUGAUAAUAUUUCUAAUAAUAGUGCUUCUUUUUCUGUAAAUCAUAUUCAUUCUCAAAAAGAUCCAAAUACUAAGUGA